AUGACAGCGGAGGAGCUUCGCCAUUUCUUCACGCAGUACGGGGAGGUUGUAGAUGUGUUUGUCCCAAAGCCAUUUAGAGCGUUUGCCUUUGUGACCUUUGCCGAUGACCAGGUUGCGGAGUCUUUGUGUGGAGAAGAUGUGAUUAUCAAAGGAUUCAGUGUUCACGUAUCGGCAGCUAAACACAAUAGAAAGAGCCCUUUGGAGAGCGGUGGCAGAGUCCCAGGACCCAUCUUUGGGAAUUGUGGAUAUCCUAAUAACAGGCCAAACAAUGGAGGCCUUGCGCACAACCAGCCUAAUAACAUGGGGGAUGGUGGUGGCAUGAACUUUGGGCCAUUCAGCAUUUACCCUACAAUGAUGGCUGCUGCUCCGGCAGCCGUACAGAGCAGCUCGGGGAUGAUGGGUAUGCUUGCUAGUCAGCAGAAUCAGCUUGGUCCACAGGGUAUCAAUCAGUGGCAAGGAAAUCAGCCAAGAGACCGGCCACAGAGUUUUGGCUCAGGUAGUAAUUCUUAUGGCUCGAACUCUGCUAUAGGCUGGGGUUCUCCUAAUGCUGGCUACUGGGUUCAUUGGGGGCUUUAG